AUGUCCGAACGAGGUCCAGCGAGGGUGCAGGACAUGAAGAACAAGCUGCGGCUGGUGGUCGCCCGGCGGGAGCUGGACUGGGGUGGAUCGGCGCAGCAAGCUCUGCGUAAACGAGUCGUUCACCUGCCCAUGCUGCAGAUCGACGUGCAGCACAGCGCGGAAGAUUCUCCGGAUACGGCGCUUCUUCGCGAUGCUCGCCAGUCUCUUCGACACAUGCUCGGCAAAGCGUCCGCCCAGAGUCAGACAUCAGAUCCCGAGAAACAUGGAGCAUCGAACUGCAGUCAGCAGGUGUGCAGCCAACAAGUGUUUACCCAGGAUCGCAUGAAGGUCCACGCACUAAAUUCAGCAGAUCCACCUCGUAAAGACGGGACUGAGUCUGGAUGUGGUAACCCCGAUGACCGUGAAGAGACAGAGACAGUCAGCUCUUUUGACGCCGACCGUGUGGACAGCGCUCUGUUCGACUACGUGUUCGACCGCCUCAGCCACCUGUCCGACGAUUCCUCUCAGGCCGAUGCCGAGUCCGACGUGGAAUACACUUCCUGUGCGCCCUCGUCGUCCCUGCACAACGAAGACAGUGUGGAGGCCACGGCAAUCCAUGCAGAUGCCUCCCGUCUACCCUCUAGUGUCCCUGGACCGUACGGCGCAUGGUUGGAACGCUUGGCUGACCCAGAACCGGGUGGCGAUGUUCAGCAGCGCCACCUGGGUAAGACCUGUGACGGGUGCGGGAACAUUAAGAGCUCGGCAGCCUCGCAGCAACGUCUGGGCCUGCAGCAAAAGGAGGGGAAGGUCGUGUCCUCGUCUUAUGCCCACAAAGUUAGGGAGGUCUGGAACGGUACCCCGGGGGUUGAGUCCGGACAGCCCCUCCGUCGAUCAGCGCUGGGCACAGCUGCCAAGGGGAUAGCGGCAGACAGAAAGAAAAAUGGAAAAGUGGAUGAAAGCUCUCGUGCAUCUUUCUCUUAUAAAUUGUCCAUUGCCAGCCCAGUGGAGUUUUUCUCUAUCCUUAAUGACAGACCUAUUAUCGGUGUUGCUGCACAAGAAACCUUCUCUAAAAGGGUUGGUGACACAUAUAUUCCAGCCUCCUAUAUUAAGUAUCUGGAGCAAGCAGGUGCACGUGUAGUUCCUAUUCGAGCUGGGGAGCAAGAGGAUUAUUACAACAAUCUCUUCAGUAAAAUUAAUGGGGCUCUUUUUCCUGGAGGAUCAGUUAGUGUGACAGAGAGUCAGUACGCCCGAACUGGUCGCAUCUUGUACAAUCUUACUCUCAAGGCUGCUGCUGUAGGCGAUAUAUUCCCUCUGUGGGGCACCUGUCUGGGAUUUGAACUACUGAACACAAUUACUGCUGGUCAGAACCUGCUUGCAGCCGUGGAUGCAGAGAAUAUCACUUUGCCCCUAGACCUAGUUGAUGAUGAUGUUCUUUCUUAUCUGACCAAAGAGAGUGUUACACAGAAUGAACAUCAAUAUGGCAUGCUGCCUGAGGUUUUCAACAAGAAUAAGGAACUUUCAAGUUUCUACCGUAUUCUCUCAACUAACCAGGGGAAGACUAAAACUACAUUCAUAUCUACUUUUGAAGCAUACAAAUAUCCCAUAUAUGGAACUCAGUGGCACCCUGAAAAGAAUGCCUUCAACUGGGAUCCACGUUAUGUCAUCAACCAUGAUGCACAUGCUGUCAGAGUUGCCCAGUAUUUUGCCAAUUUUUUCGUAAAUGAGGCACGAAAGAGUACCCAUAGAUUUCCUUCACUGCAAGAAGAAGCAGAUGCUUUGAUAGAUAACUACAAUCCAAUCUACAGUGCUGAUGGAACCUUCAUGGAAAACUACUUCUUCAAUUUCUCAUCUCCACCAAUAUCUACAACAUAAAACCACGAAAGUAAAGUUUUUAAUGAGUGGCAUAGUGAAGAUAUGUUUAUAUUUCAUAUUUGCUCAAAUGAGCAGUAAUUAAAACUACAGAAGAAAGUCUAUAUGAAAGUGUUAGGGCACAAGCUUCCACCAAGAAUUGUGAGUUGAAUAUGAGUGAUGUCCCUUGGCCCGGCUGCUUGCUGACGUUGACUUCCAUUCCUCCCGCUUCUUCAUUCCUCAUACUCAUUAUUUGGCGAUCUAUUUACUGUUUAGAUUUCACGCCUGAUUUGCCCACCAUAUUCAUCAGAUGUACCUUUCUAUGCUAUCCUUGCCAUUCUGGACCAUUGUGGUAACUUGAAAUGAGAUCUCGGGCUUAUACAAUUGUGUCCAUGUCUGUUUAGACCACAUACUAUAUUCUUUUUUCUCAUAGUUAUUGCUUCUAUCUUUACGACACUCCCAUCUUCUGGUCCCUGGUCUCAACUACCCCAUCUACAACAAUGGCUUAAAUCAAAAGGGAUGCAUUGAGCAUCACAGACUGAUGACAAAAAAAAAACUCUACCUUAUCUAAACAGAGCCUGCCUCUUCUUAUUAUUUAAGAUUAUUGCUCCCCUUUCUCUCUCUCUUUUUGUGCCAUCGAUCAGACUGAGCGGUGAACUGAUUUAUGCUUUGUACUUAUAGGCCCUGUGUAGGUUUUGUCUGUGACACAGGAAGAGGGUUUGCUGAAUGAGACAUUUCUAAAAGUGUAGGCAGAUUUUGUAAAAUGCUGUUAGCCUGUACAAAUUGUAUGCCAAAAUAACGGUUUUGAAUCUUUAACAUAAUUAAGUGAAUGAACAUUUGAUACAGACUUCCUUUUAUAUUUUCAUAAAAUAAUCAUUCCAAAAUUGCCAAUAUUUAUUUUUGCUUGUGAUAUUAGUGUAUUGCUGAAUAAACUGGUGCAAAUUA